CAAUGGUGCAGUGCAGAAAGUGCAAACUAUUCGUGUCUACGGCAAAGGACGACACAGUUAAGUGUAAAUCCUGUGAUGCUGUCCUUCACAAAAAGUGCACAAAGAAGGAGAUGUGUGAGGAGUGUUUUCGGAAAGAGUCUGGCAGCCCGGCUGGGUCCAGGAGUGAUGGAAAUAAGGCAAAAAUAGAAUUUAAACCGGGAGAAACUUCAUUGGAAGCUGUAAUCAAGGAAGUAAACAGCAAGCUGGAUGCGAUAUAUAACGUCGAAAAAAAGUUAGAUGAAUUAAAGGAUACAGUAGAUUUCUACUCUGCGCAGUACCAGACCCUGAUAGAACAUAAGGAAGCAGCAGAGAAGAAAAUGAAAGCGCUUGAACAAAAGAAUACCUACCUUGAAAAGUGUAAUAAAGCUCUAGAAGAAAGGAUCAUGGACCUAGAACAGGAAAAGAAGGAGAAAAACGUGGAAAUAAUAGGGUUAGAAAAAAAAGUGGGUGAAAAUACAACAGAAAUAGUAAAAGAAGUUGCUAAAAAACUUAAUUUAAAUCCAGACGACAUAAAAUACGCAAGGAGGGUCGGCCGAGAAAAGGCGGGCGAAGCCAAGCCGCAGCCGAUUGUCGUCAAGCUGAAGUGCAGGGCCACACGCGACAAGUGGCUCCAAGCUAGAAAGACCCUGGUCAGUAACAGCCAUAUAUAUGCGAACGGAAGCCAAAAACCUAUUUAUAUUAAUGAGGACCUCCCGAAGUUUAAGCGUCAGUUGUUCUGGUCGGCUAAAACUCAGCUUCGAGAUAUUUGCAGAUUUGUAUGGGUACAGAACUCCAAUAUAUUAGCCCGGAAGGAAAACGACGCAAAAAUCUACAAAAUUAGAUGUGAAAAAGACAUCAUAAACAUUCCAGCCUAGUCACUAAGCAAUUAGCUGUGUGAACACACUACUUGAUUUCCUUUAUCAAUAAAAUUCAAUAGUUUUCCAGAUAUUGAGUCUGAAGUGGAUUUUUCACGCCACAAGAACAUACAAGAAUGGAAUACAUCUUAUUUUAACAACAAAAAAAAUCAAAUUAAAAUAUUACACCUAAACAUAAGGUCGCUGCGUAAGCACUUUAAUGAGUUAUUAGUCUUAAUUAAUCAAUGUAAAUAUCAAGUCGAUAUAAUUAUUCUAUCUGAAGUUAAUAUAAGGGAAGAUGAAAUUUCAUGUUACAUGAUAAAAGGAUACUGCACCUAUUCAAAGACAAGACCAAGUGGAAGAGGAGGGGGUAUAAUAAUAUAUGUUAAAAAUCAAAUUAAUUUUACUUUGGAAGAAGUAAAUUAUCCCAGUAUGGAGUCACUAUAUGGAAUUAUACGCCUAGAGACCAGAAAAAUUCACCUUUUGUCUAUUUAUAGACCACCCCAUAAAAACAAAAAUGUAUUUACACAACAAUUGGAACUAUGUAUUCAACGCGUACCAAGCUGUGAAGAUUUGAUAAUUAUAGGAGACAUGAAUAUGGACUUAUCAAGAGAAAAUAUGAAUUCAACUGUUAUCAGCUACAAAAACACCUUGUGUGGAUACGGCCUGCAGUGCGGC